AUGGUCCUCGAAGCAGGCUACCCCAACACCAACGGCUUCCGCAAAGUCGUCAAAGCCACCAUCCUCGUCAAGAAGAAACCCGGCAUGAGCGACGCGGACUUCAUCGAGCACUACAACCACAAGCACGCCCAAAUGGCCGCCCCGGUGCUCGAAAAACACAACAUCAUCUCUUACUCCCUUACAUACUGCCUAACCCGCGACCGCACCAUUUUGGCCGACAUGCUGCACGGCCAGGCGCAGAUGCUGGACUUUGACGCCAUUUGCACGUUUGUGUUUAAAGACUACCGGGACUUUGCGAGGUUCAUGUAUGAUCCGGCGAGUAAGGCGUUGACGCCGGAUCAUGAGAAUUUCAUGGUGGAGGAGGAUAUGCGGAUGAUGGUUGGGGAUGAGUACGUGGUUAUUGAGGAUGGGGAGAGGGUUGGGUGA